GAGCAUACGCCAAAGCCGCUGGUAUCGAUUCUUGGCGGGAAUACCCCACUCUCGUGAGCACAAUCCUUAGUAAUGCUGCCAAGCGCCGCCACAGAUCCCUGCAUGCGCCUCAGACAGCCCACUAAAGCACUUCGCAUCUCAGUCAUCGCCCGUCCUCCUGUCCACGCGGCUAUAUAGGCUGCCAUGUCUGCCCCUCCCAAUGCUGGACACAGCUCGCCGAGACUCGACUCCCCAUAAUGGUGCAUAUGGCUAGGUUGCGGGCGGGCCCGGCCGCACUCCGACGGGCUGCUGGUUGUGGCAAACUAUUUUCUCGAUUGCCCAUCUAUGCGACCCGGGCAAGAAGUAUUGCGACAAACACAGCGAAUCGAGAGCUGCCCUCAAGCAUCCCUCCCGCGUCGAUACCGCAGCAAUCGAGCGCAGAGGACCGCAGGGCUGCCAUCAAGAAUGCGAAGCCCUUUUCGGAAUUCCUGACGGACUCGUUCAACCGGCAGCAUGACUAUCUGCGCAUCAGCAUCACAGAGCGCUGCAAUCUGCGAUGUCUGUACUGCAUGCCCGAAGAGGGCGUUCCGCUUUCACCGUCCGCUAACAUGCUCACCACGCCCGAAAUCUUCUACCUUUCCUCGCUCUUUGUAUCGCAAGGCGUCACCAAGAUUCGCCUUACCGGUGGCGAGCCCACGAUUCGCCGCGACAUUGUCCCCCUCAUGCAGCAAAUCGGCAGUCUCCGCCCAAAAGGCCUGCGCGAACUCGCCCUCACCACAAACGGCAUAUCGCUGCACCGGAAACUCGAUGCCAUGGUGGAAGCGGGCCUGACAGGCGUCAACCUGAGCCUGGAUACCCUGGACCCCUUCCAGUUCCAGAUCAUGACCCGGCGGAAAGGCUUCGAUGCCGUCAUCAAGUCGAUUGAUCGCAUACUCGAGAUGAACAAGCUGGGAGCAAACGUGAAGCUCAAGGUCAAUUGUGUUGUGAUGCGCGGUCUCAACGAGCGCGAAAUCCUGCCGUUUGUCGAAAUGGGCCGCGAGAAAGACAUUGAAGUGCGCUUCAUCGAGUACAUGCCUUUUGGCGGUAACAAGUGGAGCGAGAACAAGAUGAUCAGUUUCCAGGAGAUGCUGGAUAUCAUCCGGACAAAAUACCCGGGUCUCCGGCCGGUUGCGGGCCACAAGAACGACACCAGCAAGACGUACGAGGUUCCUGGCUUUGUGGGCAAGGUCGGCUUCAUUACGAGCAUGACCAACGACUUUUGCGGCACCUGCAAUCGACUGCGCAUCACGAGCGACGGCAACCUCAAAGUGUGCUUGCACGGAAACGCCGAGGUGUCGUUACGCGACGUACUCCGGCAGGGCAACAACGGUGAACCCAUUGACGAAGAAGCAUUUGAACGCAUCAAGCAAAUCGAGAUGGAUCGCCAUCAAGGCCGUCUGAGCGAUGAAACCACACUCGGCUGGGGCCAGCGUGAGCGCGAGCUCCUCGACGUCGUUGGAGCAGCCGUCAAACGCAAAGCGGAAAAACACGCCGACUUGGGUGAUCUCGCAAACAUGGAAAACAGGCCGAUGAUCUUAAUUGGUGGGUGAACACGGCCCCUCUCUUCUUUACUGUCCAUCGUUGGGCCUGCAAUAUCGACAAUGGCUGCAUGAAUGGCGUUUUGAGCGUUUUCCUUGUGGAUAACACCGUCGCUUGAGCAUCAUAUCCGAUUACAUACUCGAAUGAUAUACCCAUUUGC